UUCUUCCUUCCCCACUUGCCGGAGAAGAAGAGGAGGAGAAGGAGCGCUGCUCACUUGGCCCCCAUGGCGAGGCUGCUGCCGCCGCCGAGGGCGCCGCUGCUGCGGCGGAUGCUGCUGCUCUGCGCGCUGGCGGCCUCCUGCUCCUACUACCUCCUCGUGCUCCACGCGCAGGCCUCCGUGCCGUCCCCGCGCUACGACGGCUUCGCCUACGGGGGCGCCGCCACCGCCGCCUGGAAGGAGACCGUACUCGUCGAGGCCUUCCUCGACCCGCUCUGCCCCGACAGCCGCGACGCCUGGGCGCCCCUCAGGCUCGCCGUCGACCGCUACGCCCCGAGGGUCUCCCUCAUCGUCCACCCCUUCCCGCUCCCGUACCACACCAAUUCAUUCCUUGCCUGCCGUGCGCUUUACAUAGCUAACAAGUUGAACUCAUCAUCAACAUAUCCUUUGCUGGAGUUGUUUUUCAAGAGCCAGGGAAAGUUUUACAAUGCUGCGACAUCCUCAUUAUCAAGCACGGUUAUAAGUGGUGAGAUGUCGAAGCUGGCAGCACAGGUUGUUGGUAGCUCGGUGUCUGAGUUCCAGUCUGGCUUCAGCGAUAUAAGGACUGACCUAGCAGCGAGGGUUUCCUUCAAGUAUGGGUGCACAAGAGGAGUUGCUGGUGCACCGUUCUUCUUUGUGAAUGGAUUCCUUCAGCCUGGUGGUGGAUCGCCUAUUGACUACAGCACAUGGAUCAGCACCUUGGAUCCCCUCGUUGGGCAGCAUGGCGAUAGAUUAGAAAUGUUCACCUCUAUGUAAGUAUUUGAAAUGUGUUGUAAUAAUGUUUUCGGGUAUACUAGCGGUUUGUCUAUUUGUUUCAGUAAUAACUGAUUUCAAUUAUA